CAGCUUGCAAUGAGUUACUGGUUUGCUGGGAAGUCAGGGAGGAUGAGGAGGAGUUUGGCCUGCACUGGUAAACACAGAAGUCUGCACUUGCUCUGCUGCAGAGGUUCAGCAAUGUCUGCAGCCAUAGAAGAAUUUCUUGGCAAGAUCCGGGCAGCAGCACUGGCGAGAGGAGAAGACUGGCUGAGGGAGAAAGUGGCAGAAAUCCUGAAAGACGAAGCAAAAGCAUCUGAUGCCCAAGAUCUUCCGCCAUGUGCUAGCAGAGUUAGGCCUCAUGAGCGUAGGAGCCCGUCCCCAGUGCCCAGAACCCAGCCCAGAUUAUGGAGCCCCUCCAGUAACCCUCCAGGAUCAGCCUCUUGGCAGUGCCCAGCUUCAGUGGUGAUGAGUCCUGGGAGGAAUCCAUUCCACUUAGACACUGAUUUACGAGAUCUUACAGACGCGGGUCAUUGUCACGAUGAAGAUUUGCGCCCUCUCUUAGAUACGACUUCCCAAUACGGAGCAAACAGUGGACCUUCUACCACGGUCGCUGUUACCGUAUCUGUGGAGGACGACGGGCUCAGUGAUGACGACAGCGGGCAGCACUACGUUAGUCUCUCAAAGCACUCUCAGCCAGACAUGGAGUUGGCCAGCUCCACGGUCACGGCUGAGGAGUCCGAUGCAGCGCGCAUAGAGAGGGUACUACAAAGUUGUUCAGCUGCUGCAAACUUAGGUCGGCGUUGUGAACCAACUAGAUCAAUGCCGGUUAGUCCUUCCGCGCCAGAUUGCCAGCCUUGCUUGGUUUGGAUUCUUGGAGAUUCUUUUGUUACUUCGGCAAUGAAACGACUAUCACUCCUGCCAGAUGGAUGCCAGUUGGGUUUUUCGCGUUCGAAGGUCAUUAUUCGUUGGUUGGGAACAGAUGGUAUCACAUGGGAUUGUGUUAGGCCUACAGCUGCCCGUCAAGCUCUUCUGGACCGGCCCCCUGACAUACUGGUUGUGCACGCCGGAGCGGAUGAUCUAGGGAUUAUUCCGAUAAGGGAGCUGAUAGAAAUCAUAAAGUUUGAUAUGUUGAGGUUGCAGGCUCUAUUUUCAGAAGCAAUUAUUGUAUGGUCAGACAUUGUAAACCGACAUAAAUGGCCACAAGCACAAAGCAAGAAUGGUAUUGGACGUGCUCGCAUCAAGGUGAACCAUAACGCCUCAAAAUUUCUUACAAAGAAGGGUGUAGUGGUGAUUCACCACAGAGGGCUGGAAGAUGGUUCCCCUCAUCUCUUUGAGGAAAAUGGCAUAUCCCUUAAUUCAGCGGGCACUGACAUAUGGUUAAUUGACAUUCAGGAAGGGAUCGACAAGGCACUACAACUUUGGAAAAACUCACAUGCUACAACGCCUAGCCAUACUGUGUAA